AUGAAUAAAACAUUUGCAAAAUUAGCAUUUAGCAAGCAUUCAAAUUUGUAUUCUUCUUCGGGUCAACUAAAGUAUUCAUCUUCAUUAACUAUGCCUAAACAACAACAAUUACAAAAUAAAGAUUCUAACGGAGUAUCAACUAAUUCAUGUCUUUAUUGUGUUACAAAAACUGUACAUCCAAGAUUAGGACGAGGUGAAACUUAUAUUUGCGGUUAUAAACCAUAUCGUUGUGAAAUAUGCAAUUAUUCGACUACAACAAAAGGAAAUUUAGCAAUACAUCAACAAUCGGAUAAACAUUUAAAUAAUCUUCAGGAACACGAACAAACAAUGUCACAGACAAUAUUCAAUACAGCUGAUACAAGAAGUAAUAAUAGUGAAAGUCCUGAUUGUACUCGCCAUCAACAAAAUAAUCUGCAUCAAAAUCUUACCCAUUUAAACUCAGCCAGUAAAAAAUCAAACUCAUCAUGCGAUUUGAACAUUUUAACUGCACAAACAUUAUCUGAAAGACGAACGAUAUCAUCAUCGCAACAAAAUAUGAAACUAGAUCAGAAAACUAUUGAAUUUCUUCAGAACAAAACUGAGAAUGAAAAAGUCAUAGAUAAUAUAAAUAUAAAUAAAGUCAUUACAAAUUUUCAUGAAAUAGGUUUACCCAAUGGUGAAGAUAGAAUGCAUCAACCUAGCUGUUCUUCAUAUUCAUCUUCUGUCACUGAUUCGACCUCUUUUUGCUAUGAUCAUCCAUUGAAAACAUUCAUACCUCUAACAUCAUCUUAUGACAAUCUACUAUGUAAUCUUACUGAAACAGCAAACCAUCCAUUAGCUUGCCAAGUAUGUUGUACAUUUACAACGGAUAAUUUAGAUGUCUUAAUUGAACAUGUCGAACGGAAUCGUGUACCGUUUGAUUUAGACUACGUUACAAAUUUAAUAACUUUACAUACAAAUGGUUUUUGGUUUUGUAAACUAUGUUCUUACAAAAGUCCUUUAAAGGCUAAUUUUCAAUUACAUUGUAAAACAGAAAAACAUGCACAAAGAUUAAGUUUUCUUGUACAUGUUUGCGAAGGUGGUUUAUGGAAUCAGUCACGUAUUCUAUCAACCCUAAAUAUUUGUGAAAAUAAAAUGUUAGAUAUCAGUAACAACAAUAAUAUACAAUGUUCAACUACAAAAGGACAGAAUUAUAUUACAUCAUCAAUGAAUAUAACGACUAAUCUUACUACUCAUAAUAAUAACAGCAGUAAUGUAGGUAACAACAGCAGUAAUUGCAAUAACGUCAAAAGUAAUUUCAAUUUAACAUCAUCAAUACAGUUGUACUGUAUAGCCUGUGAUCUAUUUACAACUUCAGUGCAUAAGUUUCGAUUACAUUGUCAGACACUCAGUCACAUUGGAGCUGUGAAGAUAUUUACACAUUUAGUCAAUCGACGCAAUUAUCUAUGGAAUACCUUGGCUUCUUUAAGUUUGUUCUAUGUCGAUUUAUUGAAGUCUCUUAUAGAUGAAAAUGAUAAAGAUGACGAGACCGAUAAUACACAUACAGAUUCUUCCCUGAACAGUGUGAAUAAGUUAAAACAUCAAACAAAGUUUAAUAAGAUUUUAUUACAAUUAUCAUCAAUUCUUACAAACUUACAAGUUGUUUAUGUAUGUCAUAAAAAUUAUUUACCAUUUAUAUCACCAUUGACAAAUUGUUCAUCCCCUUCAUCCAGUAGUCCUAAUAUUAAUUUAAUGUCAUCUGACAAAUCAUCUCAACAAUAUGUCACUCGUUUUAAGUCACUAACAAGUGCUUUAAAUCAUUGGCAUGUUAGUGAACAUCAAAGAUCAAUCGCCAAACAACAAUUCCUUACAGAUCAUGAAAAUUUAUCCCAAUAUAAUCAAUUUAAUGAUCCUAAUUAUUAUUCCAAUGAAAUAUUUGAUAUUCAUUGGCAAUUCAAUGAUAUUGAAGGGAAUAUUGAAGAAUUACCAACAAUGAUUAUUAAAAUAUUAAUACCAAUUAUAAAUGAUUCAAUAAAUAAACAAUUAAUUAAUUCCAAUGAAUAUAAUACAUUAAUAAAUAGUAAUAUAAUUAAUGAUAUUGAAUUAAUAAAUUCAAAACAAAAUUAUAAUUGUAAUUUAAAGAAUAUAAUGAGUAGUAUAAAAAAUGAUGAAGAAAAUAAUUACAAUAAUGAAUUAAUACAUGAUAAAAUGAAAAUGAUUGAUUUACCUUAUGAACAAGAUACAAUGAAUAAAACUGAUCAACAAUAUAGAAUAAUUGUUGAUAGUAAUGAACAAAUAAUUAAUAAGAAAUUUAAAUUAUUAUCUGAAUAUAUUGGUCAAUCGGAUAGAAAACUUAUUUCAUCAUUACAUAAAACUCCAACUACAAGUAACGCUGAAGACAACCAUCUACCUACAAUAUCUGCCACUGGUUCUAACAACAUUGGGGACGUCAUCAUUCCAUUCUCACCCACUAGACGAAACGGUGAGCAAGUAAAUGAGACUGAAGCUAUACGGUGUCAUAGUCAAAAUAAUAGCUCAGCAAUCGAUCAAAACUUUACAGAAGAUUUAACAAAUGCUACCAAGUAUAAAUUACAACCAUGUAAACAAUUGAAUAAAACAGUUAUUUCAAUCAAAUCUCAUGCUGAUGAUUGGCCGACUAGACCAAAUUCUGAACCAAUUUUAAAAUUAACCAAUCAUAAUUCUUCUGAAUUUGAAAUUGAUUCGAAUAAGAUAAAUAUUUACAAAGCGAAAACUUAUCAAAAUCUAUCUGAUUCAACAGUCAAUAAUCAAGAAUUUAAAAAUAUUAUGACAGCUAAUGCAUUUUUAUCAUCUAAUUGUACAGUUGACGAUAAUGUAUCAGCUAGCCGUUUAUUUUUACCCAAAGAAUUACAUAUAUCAGAUGAAUGGAGAAAAUCUGAACAACGUUUGACCGCUUCAAAUACAUCAAAUAUGUCAUCACCAAUACAUAAUUUUAAUAUAUGUGGUACAUCUGUAACACCUAUGGAAUUAUUUGCACAAAUGACAGCUCAUUAUAAACAAAUCUCUGAAAAUUAUAACUACGCACAAUCAAUGGAAUUAUUUUUGAAUAAUCCAUCAGUAAUAACACAACUCGCUUCAAUGAAUGUUAGUAAAAUUACUGAACCAGUAUCGAUAUCAACUUCAACAGCACAACAACCUCCCUCUUCUUCUUCUUCUGAUUUUACACUUACCUCCUUAACAACUAUUUCUAAACCAUCAGACUUAUCGUCAAAACAAAUCGAUAAAAUUGAUUCACCAACUAAUCACAAAAGAAUGUCAACCAAUGAUUUUUUCCAUGAGUUUAAUAUAUUGCCUAAUUUGCAUAGUUUAUUAAAACAAUCAUUUGAAUUAAUAAUUUGUGAGAAUUUUUCAAAUAUACAAAAUGAUAAAUAUUGUCCAGAGGAAUUAUUAGCGUUUACUUUAGAGGUAAUUGUAAAUGAUAAAGUAUAUUAUAGUAAUAUUUAUGAAAAAUUAAAUAAUCAUUGGUUUAAAUUAGAUUAUAUACGUGAAUUACAAAUGAAAGAAGACAAUUUAUGCAUCUACUGCUGUAGUGACAACUAUAAUGAUAAUGAUAAUGACGAAGACGAUAAUGUUGACAAUGAAAACAGUAAUGAUGAUAAUAAAAAGAGAAAACAUCAAAAUCAAUCCCAUCGUUUUCUACUAGAAUCCAGUUUAGAAUUACACAGAAAUCUACAACAUUCUAAACAGAUUUCUGACAGUAAUAAUAAUCCUUUAACUGUUAUUUUAACUAAUUCCACUGUCAAAGAAUUAGUUGAAAAAUUAAAUUUACUUAUUUCUAAUUCUACAUUCUCAGAUUUAUUUCAUUCAAGCUUAGAAAAUCAUUGUAAAUUACAACCGUAUAUAAAAUCAAGUUCACCAAAUCUAUUAUCAAUACAUUUAAAACAUAUACAAUCAGAUAGUUUUCAAUCUAUGCCAAAAUCUUUAUUACAAACCAAUGAAAAUGAAUUAAAUACUACUAAUUCUUCUACAUCAUUAAUAGUAGAACAAAAUUUUUCAGCAAAAAAUCUUGCUACUGAUAACAAUACUACUACUACUACUAAAAAUGAUAUAAAUAAUAUAUGUGAUUCAAAUAUUCCAUUACCUUUAUCAAUGAUUACUUCUGAUCAAGUAAGUUUGCUUCAUAAAGAUCCAAUAAUAAAUGUUCCACAUGUAACAUUGACAAACAAUGUUAAUUCAGAUCAUUUCAAUUUAUUAUUAAACUAUACUACAACUAAUAAAAAUGAUCCUAAUGAGAAUAAUAAUAAUAUAACUGGUAAAGAUAAUAAAAUUAAUUCAUCAUUGACUGAAGCUUAUUUCAAUUCUAUAAAAGAUUAUCAUUUAAAUAAUCACCAUGAAAAUAUAAAAUUCUAUGAACAAUAUAAACAACAAACAAAUACAUCUAUUUAUUCAUUACAAAAACGUAGUCGUACACGUUUAAAUGAAACACAAUUAAAUAUAUUACGUUCAUAUUUUGAUAUAAAUAAUUCACCAUCAGAUGAAAAAAUUAAUGAAAUAUGUAAUAAAACUGGUUUACAAGAGAAAGUUGUCAAGCAUUGGUUUCGUAAUACAUUAUUUAAAGAAAGACAAAAAAAUAAAGAUAAUCCAUAUAAUUUUUCAAUACCACCAAGUACUAGUUUAAAUAUAGAAGAAUAUGAAAAAACCGGUCGAAUUGAAUUAAAUAAUAAUAUUAAUUCAUUUAAACAAAAUUAUAAAUUAUUAUAUUUAAAUAAUAAUGAACAAAAUGAUAAAGAUAAAAUGAAUAAUUUAAAUUUAGAAACUAAUUCAAAUGAUUUAAUAAUAAUGAAGGAUAAAAUGAAUAAUGAUCUAUAUAGUAUAGAUCAAUCUAUUGAAAAUGAAAAUAUUAAUAAUGGAUUAUUGAAUUCAACAAUGAAAAGAUCUUGUGAAAUGGAAUCAUUAAAAAUUAUUGAUCAAAUGAAAUGGAUCAAUCAAAAUAAACGUCAACGAUUAGAGAAAGAUAUUCAAGAUGGUAGUUUAAAUGAUGAAAGACCUACAUCAAUUGUAUCGAUUGAAGAUUCAGAUGUUAUGUAUAAUUACAAAAGAAAUUUACAUUCAACAAUGACAACAACCACAACGACAACUCCAUCAACAGAAAAUACAGAUGGUGAUGUUCAUUCAUUUGUAUUAGCUGAUAAUUCAAAUAAUUCACAUGAAUCUCCACCAUCAAUUACAUCAGAAAGUUCUCCAUCUAUUUCUGAAACUCCAUUAUCACCAAGAUUACCCAUGAUACCAGAGUUAGAUAAUCCUCAAAGUGUUCUCGCUGCACUUAUUCAUCUUGGUCAUCGUAAUCACAUUCAGCAACAAUCAAAAUCUGAAAAUGAACAGAAAUUAACAAAUCUAUGGGAGUUCCCCUACCUCUCAUCAACAUCGUCAUCGUCUACUAUUCGUGGAUUUUUAAAUGGUACUGAAGUGUAUACAGAUCCAAAUAAACUACAUUGUCAACUAACAGCACUUAUGAAUGCAUCAUUAAGCAGAAAUAUGCCACAUAUUCAGACUUCAUCAGAUUCAAAUGAAGCUCCAUUAGAUUUAAGCGCUAAAACAGCGCAAUCAAUUAGUGUAAAUUCUACUGGUGAUAAUAAUUUUCAAAAUAGUUCUUCUUUUAUUCUUGAACAAAAUGCACAGAUAAUCGAUAAUGAAGAUAAUAAUGACUUUUCGGUCAAUAAUCAAGAUCAAUUUCUUUCUGUCCCAUCUCUAAUUCAAACAGAACAUGUUUCUAACGUUUAUCGUUCAACAAGUACAACUUCUAGUACAAAUGGUGGACGUAGGAAUAGAACCAGUAUUACAGCACUUCAAUCUAGAUGUAUGCAUUCAAUAUAUAAUUAUCAUAAAACCCCAUCAGUACAUGAAUGUGAUCGAUUAGGUGAAAUGAUUGGUUUGUCACGACGUGUUGUUCAAGUAUGGUUUCAAAAUCAGCGUGCAAAAGAAAAGAAAAUGGCGCGUGUUUCAUCAGGACAAUAUAAUCAUUCAGUAAAUUCAUCUUUAUUAACUGAAAAAUUAUCACCAAUAGACUCUUCUUCUUGUAUAGAUUCAAAUUAUUGUCAAAUUUGUUCAAUAUCUAUUCAGAAAUCAGAAAUAACAAAUAAUUCCAUGCUAACUAAUCAACAAGCAACAAAUGCUUGCAAUCAGUCAACAAAUUUUUCAUCACACGCAUCAUUUGUAGAUCAUCUUUUCUCAGCAGUUCAUUUGAAAAAGUUAUUACGUUGGUGUACAAUGGAUACUACUUAAUUAAAUUGUAUAGCCAUAUUUAUUGUACUGUAUAUUUCUCCUUACAUUACAUAGUCCUUCCAAACUCUGUCACACAAUGACUGGUAAUUCUCCUUUCUUCAUUUUACCUCCUCUUCCAUACUUUGAUGAUGCAUAGGAAAAUUAACAUAAAUGACCUUAUAUCCAUCGGCAAAAAUCGGUUGAGAUAUCCGUAAUUCCCAUUCUACCCUUUGUUUUUUUACUGAUUUGUAUUGUUCUGUCAAAUUUUACUUCACCCUGCUGUGUCUAUUAUUUCGAGAAAAAGAUCCGUUCUUUUUAAAACAAUGCCAAAUAGUUGGAUUUGCAGUAAACAUUUAUCAGGAAAGUUUCUUUUAGCACCAAAUAAAUACACUAAAGACAACAUUAACAACGAUACUAUUACAGAUUACCAAUUAAUAUUUGCAUAAUAUCUAUGAUUAUCCUUUUUGUUUCUUUUUUUUGAUCUGGUAAAACGUUUCCUUUUACUAGAAACGCUUUACAAAAAUACCUCAUGUCAAUUAUUUCAUUAGUUUAUCUCUGUAAUUACAUAUGAAUUAGUAUGUUUUUUUCGAUUGAUGACAACACCACAGAAAUGCGUUUAUAUUUAUAACUAUAUUGUAAAAAGUCAAAUUAUACAAAA